GCCAGUAAAAAAAAAAAAAAAAAAAAAAAGAUGAGAAAAACUUGAAAGCACCCCAGUGUGAAAACAGCCCAACAUUUCAGGAGCUCAGAGGCGUCCACGGACUCUGCAAGACACAUGUCAGUCAGCACAUCGCAGGCAGCACAUCGCAGGCACCGUGUUGGUUUGCCGACAAUCGCCUUGUGCCGAAAUGCCUGCAAGGCGAAUUAUUUACUUGGACCAAGCAAGUAGCCGUCUAGUUUAUUCAGCAGUUCUUUGCUGUAUCUCUCUUCGUCGUGAUCACCGGAAUUAAGGGUGGGCUUUCGCGUUUUCUUGAUUUAAAAAAGAAAAAACGAACUGUACUUAGAAAAUUAACCCAAUCACUAAAAAAUGGAUUUGACUUAUACGCAUAAAUGGUAUUAGGCGGACAGUGUCUUUGCAUUGGAUUACGCUGCAUCAGACCCCAAACAAGGCGGGUGGCAGCGGCACGACCACGGAGUUCAGAUGUGUUCGAUGAAUGUCAGAGGAAGCCUUCUUCUGAAUAGAGAUGGAGAGCAGAACUCCAAAUGGCGGCCAGUCUGCCGGCUUGCAGGCUGAGCUCCAUAGCGGCAGAACUUCACAGCCUGUUGAGCUCCAUUCCAGGGACGACCUGGGGCGGCGAUUUCAGCCACUUUCCCUGAGUCAGAUCCAGACUGUCAGAAGUACCAAUGAGUACACUGAGGGUCCCAUGGUGGCACCCAGGCCUGGGGGCAGACCGGUUACCGAGCAACCAAGUCUGCACAAAGCAGAGCUAGCACAAGGCCUGAAUGAUGAGGACCAGGACCACUUUAUCCUGGGUGGGCCGCAACAGGACCCCCAGGAUCACUCAUCCCCCCCACCAGCCGCUUUGGCCCGGUCCAUGAGCACUACGAGCUGUGGUUCCCGGAAUCGUCCGAGGACAAGCACCAGCAGUACGUCGUCGGGCCAGAGACUCUUGGAACCAUCCCCUGCGGAGGAGGUUGUUGGGGCCCCUGAGCGCUUGGAGGCCAAGGCCGAGAAGCUGAUGCCCGCUGGGGGUGCGGAGUCGAGCGGGCACAGGUAUGUCUGUGAGGACUGCGGGAGGUGCAGGUGCGAGGAGUGCACCGGCCCGCAGACGCUGCCCUCCUGCUGGUUCUGCGACCGCCGCUGCGUCUGCUCUGCGCAGGACGCCGUCGACUACAGCACCUGCCUCUGCUGUGCCAAGUGCCUGUUCUACCACUGCUCCACGGAUGACGAGGACGUCUGCGCAGACGACCCGUGCUCCUGCGGCCAAUCCAAGCGCUGUGUGCGCUGGGCAGCCUUGGGCGUCCUGUCUCUCCUGCUUCCAUGCAUGUGGUGUUACCUCCCGGCGAAGGGCUGCCUUAAGCUAUGCCAGAGCUGCUACGACAGCGCGAAGAGGCCGGGCUGCAGGUGUAAAGCAUGUCGACCCGUCAAGAAGCCGACAUAAUGCGAGUAUCGGUAUCGGCGACAGGUUCCCAUCUCGCCGCAGUCCCAUUAAUGUGCUGCACGCCGGUCUGUGGCGUUCCUUAAGGAUGCAACGCAGAACACAGUGUUUUACUUGUUCCCGCGGUUUUAAAAAGGAACAAUUACGAAAACUCUCAGAACGUUAUUCUGACAGAUUUGAUGAAAUACAUAAAGCUAUAAACUAGUCCCGCCGAUCCAUGUUUGAAUAGCUGAUGCAAAAUGUUUAUUAGCCAACGGCCAUUUUCUUAUAAAAGAUGUUUUAUUUUUCUAUGGUUUAGUGAGCCGAAAUGCACCUUGAUUUAACAUGCAUGUGUAGUUGUGUGGAUAUAUGUCAUGUACAUAUCAUUUUAAUGUGAAUCCAUGUUUUAGAUUUGACCUCUGUUUAAGGCAAAAGCAUAACCUUUACAGUCUCCCUUAAAACACUUUCAAAUUGUAAAAUGAUCUAAAGAAUCUAUAUUUUCCAAAACAAAAAAAUGUUCCUAGUGUAAAAAAUAUAUAUUUAUUUGAAUUAUAUUUUAAUAAUAAAAAUAUAUAUUUAUUUGGGUGGCAUCAUAAAAAUGCCCAUUAAAAUAUACCUUUGUAAAAAUGUUACAUUCAGUGCUGAUCUCUAUAAAAUAGAAAAUACAUUAACAUUUUGAAACAAAAUUCUACGUACAUGUUGUCUGUGUUUCUGUUCAGUAACAACUAGAUUGCACUUUAAAAACUUUCAUUUAAUAACCGCAAUUAGGAUGAAUAACUUUUUAAUAACUUCUUAGUUAGCACAGGAAAUGGGAGAUGGCAGUUUCCAAACUUUUCAGUGAGAGCAAUAAACUCACAGGUACAGCGUGUUCAGUGAACAAAUCCUGCAUCCAUCUUACAUGUGCACUUCAUCCCAAAUAUAUCUGUACAUAUAUACAGAGCUCACAGAAAGUAUUGGGACUCUUGCUUAAGCCUGUAAAAAUUAUACAAAUGCAUUGGUUUCAUAAAAAAAAUCCAUUGACAAGCAAUAUUUAACAUAUCUGCACAUAUCUGCUACACAUUUGCAUAUUUCUUCCAUGAAUUUUCUUUUUAUAAAGUGUCUUUUUUUUGGGACAUUUUUUUGACAUUCAGUUGUGCUGUUGUCAUUUUGCUAUUAAUUACAAUUAUAGUCACUGGCUCCAAAGGGAUACUAAACACAAAUGUUUGGUGUUUUAUCUUAUUGCAAAGGUGUUACUAAUUAAAAAGCCCCUAAUGAGAGACACACACACACACAUACACAGUACUGUGCAAAAGUCUUAGGCAGUCAUGCAUCUUCCUGUUGGUGUAAUACUUUGCCAUUAUGUCUGUCAAAGUGUGUCAGCUUAGCCAUUUCAAACCUCCCCCAAAGUCGCCCCAGUACUUGUUGCAGCCGUCCUGCAUCCCCAUGAAUGUUUCUCGCUCCACUAGCACACCUUGUAUGGCUAAUCUAUACCUCAUUGACAUUUUGAACUAUUUCAAUUAAUUACUUGCAUGAGCUUGUGAUAAAAUUGGUCAAAUACUGUACAUGGAAUGACUGGGGUGGCCCUGAGGAGAGGUUUGGGGGCUGAAGCAGUCUCCAUCAUGCCAGGCCACGAGAUUUUAAAUUGUGUUUUUGUUCUGGGCAUGUAUAAUUACUACCCAAAUAAAUAGCUUUAAAUAUUUCCUUUGACUGGCUAUGACUUUAGCCCAGUACUGUAUAUAGAUAGAUAGAUAGAUAGAUAGAUAGAUAGAUAGAUAAUACAGUAAAACCCAUAUGAUAACACUCUUUAAGAAUUUUCAUAAAAGCAAAUUUUCAUCAGGCAAAUCUGAAUUAAGUUGGCAUCAAGUCAGUAAUGAGACAAUACAUGUAUGAAGCUGCACGUAAUAUUGAUCACAGUGUAUGGAGACUGUCCCAGAGAUAAGAGAAACUCUGCAUGGGGUUGAUUUGGUUUUUCCACUGUUUUUAUUCAUGCAUUUUGUUCUGUUUGUUUGUGUGCGCGUACGUGUAUGUGUGUGUGUGUGUGUGCGUACGUGUGUGUGCACAUA